AUGGAGGCUCUUCCAGCGUCGACACAGGAGAAAUCUGUGAAACAAGACAAAAAAUCAACACCUGUGGGCGACUCAGGACGACAUCAGCACAGCGAAGCGCCAGCAGCACAUACGGAGGGUCUUGUUCCCCCCAAGAAAAAACCAUGGCAGUUCUGGGCUGUGUUCCCAGCGCUGUGCAUGACCACUUUUCUCUCGGCUCUGGACACGUCCAUUCUAUCGACUGCCCUUCCGACUAUCGCGCUCGACAUCAACGCUGGUGAAUCGUACAUGUGGAUCACCAACUCUUACAUUCUGUCGUCGACCGUGGUCCUCCCUUUAUUCGGCCAGACGGCAAAUAUAUUCGGCCGUCGAUGGCUCCUGAUCCUUUCGGUCGUCAUCUUCGCAGUCGGAAGCGGUCUUGCCGGGGGAGCAGACAAUAUAGUUCAGAUCAUUGCCGGACGAACCAUUCAGGGCAUCGGCGGUGGCGGUAUUAACACGCUUGUUGAUACUGUCAUCUGUGAUCUCGUUCCUCUUCGCCAGCGAGGGAAAUAUGUAGCUCUCAUGGCAGCCGUAUGGGCAGUAGGGACGGUGGUUGGUCCCGUAUUAGGCGGUGCCUUUGCUGAGCAUACGUCGUGGCGCUGGGUUUUCGAUAUCAAUCUUCCUCUAUGUGCCGUGUCACUGAUAUUACUUGUGCUGUUCCUUCGAGUUUCCCAUCCACGUUCAGGCGGUACCAUAUGGCAACAGCUGCGCCGUGUCGACUACAUUGGCAAUGUCAUUCUCACAGCCACGGUUGUCUCGGUUUUGCUGGCACUCAGUUGGGCAGGAGUUGAUUAUCCUUGGUCCUCAUGGCGGGUCCUUGUGCCCCUGGUUCUAGGGCUAGCGGGUUUAUUUCUCUUCUACGCUCAUCAACGGUCGCGGUUCUGUCCGGAGCCAUCUAUUCCGACCAAGUUAUUCUCGAGUGGAACGGCUGUUUGUGCACUAUGGAUUGCAUUCAUUCAAUCAGUAUUACUCUAUUGGGUUGGAUAUUUUCUGCCCAUCUAUUUUCAGGCAAUUCGCAGCUCGACUGCUACCGAGUCCGGACUAUUUGUACUCCCUAUUACAGCGGCCAUUGCGCCCCUCGGCAUCAUUACUGGUGUCUUGAUCGCUUCUACCGGGAAAUAUCGUCCUUACCACUUCCUAGGCUACAUAUGCCUCACCACUGCCACCGGACUAUUCUCACUACUAGACGAUAACUCGUCCGCUCGCGAUUGGGCCGGCUUCCAGGUUCUUUUCGGCGCGGGCUCGGGAAUGAUCUUUUCCAGCACCUUGCCUCCUAUCCAGGCAUCCCUCCCUGAAUCCGAUAUGGCCACUGCUACGGCCACGUGGGCGUUCAUGCGCAGCUUUGGUUGUAUCUGGGGUAUCGCGAUUCCGACCACUGUCUUUAACGCGCGGGUUCAAGAGCUGCGCUACCGCAUCAGUGAUGUUCCUUUGCGUGAAAAGCUUGCUAAUGGUGGCGCGUAUGCAAUGGCUAGUGAUGGGCUAUACGCACUUUGA